AUGAAGGAGAAGGUGUUCUGCGCUGUUCCGGAAGGCGUCAAGAUGGAAGGUGAUUUCGACUGUCUCGAGCUGAUCAAGGCGAUCUACGGUCUCAAGCAAGCCUCGCGUGUUUGGAACGAGACCUUCGACGAGUUCAUACGCUCGAUUGGUUUUCAAGCGUCGGGAUUCGAUCCAUGUCUUUACUGUUGA